AGGAUCGUCUCCAUGCUUCACGGCGAGGCAAUCUGAAAAGCGAGACCCCUUGCCUUGACUGUCUCUCUCGUAUUUCCCUUUCCUCCCCGUAGCCACUUACUGUUAAUGGGUUCUUUUCCGUUACAGCGUACAUAGUGACUGGCAAUUAACGCCCGCGUGCGCGCAUGCCCCCACACGCGUCGGCAACCAAACAAAAAACGCCGAAAAAACAUUUAAUCCGUUUUUCCCAAACCAAAUAAACGACCUUCUCCGUCGCUGGCAAGUGAUAACAGAUCCACGUACCAACACUAGCAGUCACCUUCCGUUGGCUCUCCGAUUCAACUCAGCUAUGGGUUCUUGGACUCGGAGUUUACUCUCUCAAGCUCGAAUUACGGCGCCUGUAUUUCUUCUCCUAGAUCCCCCUUCGUUUUCUGUUACUCGUGCUCCUUGCUCCUAGUCACAGUGUCGCUCCUGCUAUUCGACUUUUAUGCUCAUCCCCGCCGUUGAUUUCAACGAAAUUUUAUAGAUCUGGAGCGUCAGGGGCAAUCAACGGCCUCGGUGAUGUCGGUCCUUCCAGUUUCUAUCUUAAUCGGUGCCUUAAAAGUCAUCGAACCUCUGUUGCUGAAAUGGUUGCUUGUAUUAUCUUGCUUAGUAUUAAUGGCCGACUCUAAUGCGUUUUCUCCGGCUAGACCACCUUCUGCUACUAUGGUUGUUCAUGAUCUGCCCCUACCAGCAAGUCUCCAUGGACAAAAGCAUCUACCAUCCAAUGGUGGACCAAUUCCAACACCAUCACCUACCCAUCCUCCUUUAUAUAGUCCAUCAUUGAGUACAGGUCACCUGCUGGCAAGUUCACAUUCAUCCAAUCCAUUCAUGAAGGGCAGUGAAUUGGGACCUCAUGUUUCUGGUUUUGGAGAUAUUGCCCCUGUACAUUCAACAGCUGGUGCGAUUCCUUCUGGUUUGGCUCAGCCACCCUUAUCCCCCUAUGCUUCCAAUUGUUGUAAACAAAACAUGGUGUUGAAGCGUGGGAGUAAGAGUUGUCACUGCGUGUAUCCCAUAAAACUAGACCUUCUCCUCUUGAAUGUCUCUCAAAACUCUAAUUGGAAUCUUGUUCUUGAUGAAUUAGCUACUCAACUUGGGUUGCAAAUUUCCCAGAUUGAAUUGGUAAAUUUUUAUGUACUCACUUUAUCAGCAUUAAAUAUAUCAAUGGAUAUCACUCCACAUAAAGGGACUAGUUUCUCUGCCAAUGAUGCAUCUAGAAUAAACUCUUCGCUUUCAACGCAUAAGAUUCAGCUAGAUCCUAGAUUGGUGGGUGACUACAAACUUCUCAAUUUGACGUGGUAUGAGCCUCCGCCUCCAUCUCAAGCUCCGACAUCUGUUGUGUCGCCUAUGAAAGCUCCUAUUUACCACAAACCAGCAACUUCAACUCCAAGUGCUUCAAAUAGGAGAGGGCAUUCAAGUUUGUAUGCUAUUCUUGGAAUUGGUGCUGGCAUACUCUUCGUUGCCAUUAUAUCUGUACUCAUACUUUGUUUAUGCACACUAAGGCCGAAGACCAAAGGACCAUCAAUAGAUACUGAGAAGCCAAGGACAGAAGGUGCAGUUUCAGCCGCAGGGUCUUUUCCUCAUCCAACCAGCACAAGAUUUAUUGCUUAUGAAGAACUUAAAGAAGCAACAAACAACUUUGAAGCAGCAAGCUUACUCGGAGAAGGCGGGUUCGGCAGAGUUUUUAAAGGGGUCUUAAAUGAUGGUACUGCUGUAGCAAUUAAGAGGCUUACUAAUGGAGGGCAGCAAGGGGAUAAAGAGUUUUUGGUUGAGGUUGAGAUGCUUAGUCGGUUGCAUCAUCGAAAUCUUGUAAAAUUGGUGGGAUACUAUAGCAAUCGUGACUCAUCACAAAAUCUAUUAUGCUACGAGCUUGUUCCAAAUGGAAGUUUGGAAGCCUGGCUUCAUGGUCCUUUGGGAAUAAAUUGUCCUUUGGAUUGGGAUACCAGGAUGAAGAUUGCGCUUGAUGCUGCAAGAGGACUUGCAUACUUGCAUGAAGACUCACAGCCCUGUGUUAUACACAGAGAUUUCAAGGCGUCCAACAUAUUGCUGGAAAAUAACUUCCAUGCUAAAGUUGCAGAUUUUGGUCUUGCUAAGCAGGCACCUGAAGGCAGAGCUAAUUACCUGUCUACUCGUGUCAUGGGCACAUUUGGGUAUGUAGCCCCUGAGUAUGCCAUGACCGGUCAUCUACUUGUUAAAAGUGAUGUUUAUAGCUAUGGGGUUGUCUUGCUGGAACUACUGACCGGAAGGAAACCUGUUGAUAUGUCACAAACAGCUGGACAAGAGAACCUGGUUACUUGGGCAAGGCCAAUCCUAAGAGAUAAAGACCGGUUGGAAGAGCUUGCUGAUCCAAGGCUGGGGGGAAAAUAUCCGAAGGAAGAUUUUGUCCGGGUUUGUACCAUUGCCGCGGCCUGCGUCGCACCUGAAGCAAGCCAACGACCCACCAUGGGGGAAGUGGUACAGUCACUUAAAAUGGUGCAGCGCAUGACGGAACAUCAGUGUUCCAUGGUGGCCCCUUCCAACACAAGGACUAACCUAAGACAGUCCUCUACCACUUUCGAGUCCGAUGGGACAUCUUCUAUGUUCUCUUCAGGUCCGUACUCUGGUCUAAGUGUCUUUGACAAUGACAACGGUUCUAGGACGGCAGUUUUCUCUGAAGAUCUUCAUGAAGGAAGAUGACACUUGGAAAGACAAGCUAACCUACAAUCAGCAUCCAUUUCGAAGUUCGUUGCCUCAAUCUAGAGCAGCCUGCUUUCCUAUGCCUGAAGGUUUCAUAAGCGGCGACAUUUUUUAGUAAAGGAUUGCAGUUUUCUAAAUUUGGCUGCUGAGGGUGCAGAUUGUACUAUUGUCGCGUGUUUAAGAUCCUCCGGGGCAAACGGUCGUCUUGUUUUUACCGGGAGGGGGAUCAAUUUUUGUACAUAUCACAUGCGUUGUAGAUUUUUUCUUCCUUAAUUUAAUCUUUUUCGUUUGAAAUUGCCAGCAUUUUAACUAUAAA